AUGUCGGGAAAGUUGGAAGUAUCGCCUGUUUCCCAAUUGAAGUCUUCAGAACAUGUCAUACGUCACAAAGCGUCCCCACUUCGACGUUUCUCCCCUUAUAAAUCCCUGCUACCCAAGCGUCCCCAUUCGAAUGCUGAUCAGUGUGAAAAUAAGAUAGGCCUCGGCUUUACUGUAGAUCGUAAGAAACGUAAUGGCGAAAACUUGGCGAACGUACCUCGUUACCAACGACAAAUAAAAGACAUACUUGGUCCUCAAGAGCAUCACACGGAUACCGAAACUGACCCAGACGAAACGAAUCAGUUAAAGCAAGCCGACUCAUCCGAGAUAAUAAUUCUGACACGGUACUGCUUCAACUGCAAGUCAAAAUCACACAGUUUUAAAUCAUGCCCCGAACCUCAUUCUCCAACGCGUAUCAAUCAGAAUCGAACAGAGUUUGAUUUAAAGAAUCCUAUGCCUCAACCUUUUCAUAGCCGAUUUCAUAUAGAAAUAGAACGGGAGAAUAUGAUAGAUCAGCUAGUCCCGGGAAAACUAUCGGAUGACUUAAAGGAGGCGUUGGGAAUGAAGGGUUCUGGGAAUGAAGAUAUACCACCAUGGUAUCCCUUGAUGCGAAUAUUUGGGUAUCCGCCCGGAUAUUGGCGUUAUGAGGGUGAAGAUCCAUUGAAGGAAGCGAAAGUUAGAAGACGCAGACUAUACUAUGAAGAUGGAGAGAAUGUUAAACUACAAGUGUACGGGGUAAACGAACAUGAUGGAACGAGUCAAGAGGAAAAAGGCGAUAAUAUAAGAAAUAAAAAUGUACAUAAUUUAUUGAACAUAGAAGACGCUAACGAAGGUAAUGUAGGUGAAACGCAUGAGAAACAUGAGGAAGAACAAAUUCUAGAGGAAGGUGAAAUAUUAGAGGGCGAUUUUGAUGUCAACCCACUCGAACAAAAGACGACAAUGUUUGCCUUGCGCCAAGCCAUUGCAAGCAGAUCUAGAGUCCAUGCGACUCUCCCCCUCUUCCAUCGUCAAUAUGCGACUGCACAAAGCGUUUCUAGCCUUCUUCUUGUUGAGCACAAGGAUAAUAACAUAGCUUCUUCUACAUUCAACACCCUUACAGCAGCAAGUAAGCUUGGCGGCAGUAUUACUGCACUAGUGGCAGGCGAAAAUCCUGAACAGGUAGCCACAACAAUUGCAAAGUUUCCUGGUGUCUCUAAAGUUCUGACUGCCAAGGAUAAGGCAUAUGAGCAUGGUAUAUCGGAAGUGUAUGCUCCACUUGUAAUUGCGGCUCAGAAAACGCACAGCUUUACACACUUGUUGGCCUCAAAUAGUGCAUUUGGAAAGAAUAUUUUACCCAGAGUCGCGGCAUUACUGGAUGUUGCGCAAAUAUCAGACAUUAUUGGCAUCGAAGGAACCGAUAUAUUUAUUAGGCCAAUAUAUGCAGGCAAUGCAAUUGCAAAAGUAAAGUCUAAUGAUCCUGUAAAAGUGGUCACUGUUCGUAGCACCGCUUUUCCUGCCGCAAAACAAGGCGACAAUAAUGCACCCACCGAACCCGCUUCAGAGUCUGAGAAACCAUCUUUAACUGAAUGGGUCGGGGAGGAAUUGCAAAAGAGUGAUAGACCAGAAUUGGGAUCAGCACCGAGAGUCGUGUCUGGUGGGAGAGCGCUAAAGAGCCGAGAGAAUUUUGAUAAACUUAUGUUUAGCCUGGCCGAUGCCCUCGGAGCAGCCGUUGGCGCAUCAAGAGCUGCUGUAGAUUCAGGAUACUGUGAUAAUGCUUUACAGGUUGGACAAACAGGCAAAGUCGUUGCUCCAGAUCUUUAUCUAGCAGUGGGCAUUAGUGGUGCAAUACAACACAUUGCUGGUAUGAAGGACAGCAAAGUAAUAGCAGCAAUUAAUAACGAUGCUGAGGCUCCAAUAUUACAGAUUGCUGAUUUUGGCCUUAUUGCUGAUCUGUUUAGUGCUGUUCCAGAACUAACGGAAAAGUUGAAAAAAACAGAUUAUUACUACAGCGGAUUAUCGCAAUCAAGGAGAUUAGCUUCUGCAAUUGCAACCACUCCCAAUGCGUCUGAUCCAUCUGAUAUUCAGAGUGCAAAACAGGAAGAGUUUCUCCAGAAGUUGUUGGAUCAUAUCUCGAAAUCCGAUCUAGGGUCAGUGGCUUCAACCUUCAUUCAAGCGAAGCAACAAAAUAUUCAACCGACAAGAAAAGUAUAUCAUGUUGUCCUGCAGGCUUGUGCAGAGGCAGGAGACCUUCAGAGUGCACUCAAUGUCAUAUCGCAGAUGUACAAGGAAGCUACAGAUCUCUCGCUUGAUGUCUACCCAACAAAAAAAACCUAUUCUUAUUUGUUCAAAGUUCUCUCACUUUCAAAAAAUAAAAAACUUAUUAAGCAGACAGUCGAAAAACUAGCCAAAGAUAUCCUACCACUUGAGGACGCCAGUGCAAAUGUGGCGUCAAAAGUUAAAAUGGAUGAAGAUUUAUGGAGUGCUUUACUUCAUUCUUUGACUAAGCCACUUGUCGUGAAAUCAAGGAAAUCUGCGUACUUGGACCAACCGAAUUUAGAGAAUACAGAACUAACUGAGGCUACAUUCAAUUUGGCCGAAAAGUUUUUGCAGACGGUGCCCAAGCCAUAUGGCAAAGAUACUUGGAAAGUCGUAUUACGUGCAUUGGGUGGCGGCACUAGCAAAGACAUCAAUGUUCUUAAUUCAGUAAUCGAACAGAUUGAGCAGUCUGGACAAUCUACAAUAGACAUAAAAUCCGAGAUUGCUUGGGCGCUUGCACGAAAACAAAAAAUUUCGCGAGCAAUGGAACAACUCGAGAAAAUUAAGGAAAACCACAAAUAUUUACCAUCGACCAAUCCACUUGUUACGAUGGCCGCCUAUUGGGCUGAGCAAGGGAAUAUCAUAGAAACACAGAAGCUUGUAAGUGAGUGGUUACCAUUAGUCAAUCAAAUGCGAGAUAGCAGGGAAUCAGAUGAACCUCUGAGGACGAAACUUGUCUUCGCGCUGAUCCUGAUGAAAGCACAUCUCGGUGCGCUCAAGGCCGAGGUUACAAAUAUCGAAGGCGUGAAUGAGAAGGUAGACGUACCGUAUCACAGGUCACGAAUCUCAGGGGAUAUUGACAAGAGCGAUUUUUUUGAAUCAUGGACUCGGCUAGUGGAAAGCUUUUCCGUAAAUGACUUGCAAUUACCAUGGGCGAGUAGACAAUAUCAUAACAUGGUAGUUCAAUUCCAAAUAUUUGCGAAUAGAUUAUCAGAGGGUGAAUUUCCCUUGUCAAAAGCGUACGACAACAUAAUGAACAUGAGGGCGGAAGGCAUACGAGUUACUCAGAGGACAUUCCUCUAUCUUCUUGAAGCCCAGGCGCGUACAACGACUAGUAGUACAACCAAGAAGCCUGAUCUUUCCAAGGCAGCUGAGAUUUACUAUUUGAUGGAAAUGUACGGAUAUAAUACCGAUAAAUCGAAAGCAUUCAACUCGAUGCUAGAAGCAUCCUUUUCUUCGUCUGAACAUAAAUCUAAGGCGCCUGAGGAGCGCUCGAAAAUACUACAUAGCAUAUUCGACGUUGAGCGGAUGAUGGGUUUGAAUGAUGUGCCUCAUAGCAUAGAUACGAUGAGGACACUUUUAAAACAGUUAGGAUCAGCCGGAUUUUACCGCGCGAUGUGGAGGAGAUGGAAUGAAAUGCCUUUAGUGGGUUUGAACAGAAAUUCGAGUUUAUAUGAAGUGGUGUUUGAAGCAGCUGCACAAAAGGAAAGUGAAGCGUUAUACGCGUUGAAUGUUGUUCGAUACCAAAUGUUGAGAGAAUUUCCACCAGUGAAACCAACCUUUCGUACGUACAGAGCAAUGCUCAAAUGUGCGUCCGUAUGCAAAGAUCUGGGGUUUAUUCAGGAUAUAGUAACAGAAAUUGAGAGUAAUAUUGCAAACUCGGUAAAUGAUGAUGAAAACAUUAAAUGGAAUUUGGCGAUUAUUGAUACUUACUUACAUACGCCGGGACUAAUUGGCGAUGGAAAGACACUUGCAGCAAGAUUGAGACUUGAAGGGCGGGUUAAUCUUGAAUAUUGGCAGAUAUUAAUGGAGUACUAUGGUGAAGUAGAGCAUAAUAUGGCCAUGAUAAAAAAGGUUUUUGGAGCAUUCUGCAAAUGGAGAAAUAAAUAUGCGGUCUAUAAAUACCCGUCAGAACGGAAGACCGUUAAGAAAGAGGAUACAGGUCAAAAUAAUAAUGAAAAAGAUGGGUUGGCGAAAACGUCCAGUCAUGAUGUGAAGGGAAAGGAAGAGACCGACGAAGAUGCGUCGAAAUUCCCACAAAUCAUACAACCGUUUCCAACACCUCCACUUGGAAUCAAAGACACGAUAAUGAUUAAUCUCUAUCUCAAAUACUCUGUUCAAUCAGGCGCAGACGAUUUAGCAAAGGAUCUUUUCUUAUCAGUGCUCAAUUGUUUUCCACGGGGGCUGGCGAUUGACCGUUUCGAUCUUGAUAUCCUUAAAGAAUUCGCUUAUUUUGCAUGGCAGGACAAGCGGCAUGAUGAUCUCAUAUGGUUCUUUCACAAUGUGAUACACCGAGUAAAGGCAAGGAAUGAGAAGAGAGAGAAAGCAGCGUAUAAAGAAUUUAAGAGUUGGAUUUUGGAAUAUGUGGAAGCGUUUGGUGUUUUUGUCAAGGCAAAAGAGAAACUUGCAAGGAAGUUGGAGAAAGAGAAGGGGAAAAGAGAACUUGCUGCACCACCCGGGUAUGAGAGUGCUAUUAUCGGUCAGAAUUUAAGAAAAUUAGUAUGGAAUUAUCAAAUAGACAUGGAGUACGAUUAA